AUGAGCUCGCUGUCCCCACGCGCCUUCAGUCCAGUCGCCUUCUCCCUGGGGCUGCUCCUGGUGCUGGCUACUGCCUUCCCCACCCCGGCCCCGCUGGGAGAAGAGGCCACGGAUGCUGCCGCCCCGACCCUGCCGCCCGUCACCUCUCCCGAAAGAACCGAAGACCUCAUUAAGUACAUCCUGGGCAAAAUCUCGCUACUGAAAAAGGAGCUGUGUGGCAAGUACGGCAAGUGUGAGAACGUGAAGGAAGCACUGGCAGAGAACAGCCUGAACCUUCCGAAGAUGGCAAAUGGAGUGGAAUGCUUCCCAUCCAGGUUCGAUCAGGAGCCUUGCCUGAUAAGAAUCACCUCCGGUCUCUUGGAGUUUCAGAUAUACCUAGAGUACCUUCAGAAAGUGUUUGAUGGUGAUAAGAAAAAUGCCAUGGAUGUGCAUGACAAUACCAAAAACCUGGUUCAGCUCCUGAAGCAAAACGUGAAGAACCCGGAUGAAGUCACGACUCCAGACCCCAGCCACAGUGCCAACGUGCUCAGCUGGCUACAGUCCCAGUCCCAGAAAAACUGGCUACAGAGCACCACGUUCCACAUGAUGCUACAGAGCCUGGAGGACUUCCUGCAGUUCAGCCUGAGGGCCGUCCGAAUCAUGUAGCUGCUCAUCUAAGGGAGCUCUCCAUCAUGGGCACUUGCCCCCUCCGUCCAAACCCUGCUCUGUGGGCACAAGACUUAUGUUGUUCUCUAUGAAGAACUCAAGUGUGGUCAUUGGGACACUAUCUUAAUUAUUUUUUUAAUUUAUUGAUAUUUAAAUCUGUGACAUUAAUUUAUAGGUGAUACAAUAUUUAUAUUUCUAUGGUGUAUACCAUGUGAACUCUUUGUAUUCGUUUUGGAAAAAAACAAUGUUAAA